UCCUUUCUUUAAUGUUGCCACUUUUCAGAUUUUAGUAAUUGAUUUUCAGAAAUGGCGGAGGGAAUGUUCAAGGUAUUGCUGUGGGUUUUUGUGGCAACGGUGUUUGCAGUGGCCGAAGGACAGCGCGUGCCUUGCUAUUUCGUUUUCGGAGACUCAGUUUUCGACAACGGUAACAACAAUGCCUUGAACACCUCCGCUAAAGUUAACUAUUCACCUUAUGGUAUGGAUUUUGUUAGAGGUCCCACGGGCCGGUUCAGCAAUGGCCGUAAUAUUCCCGACUUUAUCGCUGAACUAAUGAGAUUCAGUGAUUACAUUCCACCUUUCACCGGAGCAUCCCCGGAACAAGCUCACAUCGGCUUAAAUUACGCUUCUGGCGGCGCGGGAAUUCUCGAAGAUACUAGCUACCAUCUGGGUGGUAGAAUCAGUUUUAAAACGCAAAUAAAGAACCAUCGGACGGCGAUUAUGACUGCAAAUGUGCCCCCGGAGAAGCUGAAUCAAUGUCUAUACACUAUUAAUAUAGGAAGCAAUGAUUAUCUUAACAACUACUUCAUGCAAGGUGAUAAGUACAAUACACAACGCAAGUACACUUACGAUCAAUUUGCUGAUUCCCUGAUUCGACGUUAUCGCUCUUUUCUGAAGUUGUUGUAUGUCCAAGGAGCAAGGAGGGUGGCGUUGUUUGGGGUCAGUAAACUAGGGUGCACGCCGCGGAUGAUUGCCUCCCAUGGUGGGGGUAUGGGCUGUGCCGCUGAAGUGAACAAAGCAGUUGAACCUUUCAACAUGAAACUUAAAGCUCUGGUCAGAGAGUUCAACACUAACUUCGGCGAUACUAAGUUCACUUUUGUUGAUAUGUACUCCGGGCAAACUCCUCUUGCGUAUGCUUCCUUAGGGUUUGCUGUAACACAAAAGAGUUGUUGUACCGUCGAAUCAGGGGAAGAGCUAUGUGCGGCGGAUAAACCGGUUUGUGCGUUUCGAAACCGGUACGUGUACUGGGACAGUGUCCACAGCACUGAGAGGGCCAACAUGUUUCUGGCAAAGGCUGCUUUUGCCGGAAUCGUUGCUUUUCCUUACAGCCUUGCCUUGCUUGGAACAGUAUAGGGAUAAUAUAUACUCGAAACCAUUCAUUUUCUUUUGUUGAUAUAUAUAUAAGGGAUAUUUGUUUUUAACUUAAUUGUCCCUUUAUUUAACAAGGAAACUUUGUUUCAUUAAAAAAAAAACUCUUAAAUAUUAAUUUACGAACAAAAAUAUGUCCGUCACUCA